AUGGGGUGGGGCCCGCAGGCUCGCUCUUCCCUCGCCGGCUCUGGCGGGGGCUCGCGGCCACGAGCGCCGCGCGGCGUGCACUUCAGCGCCAAUCGGCUGCACGCUCUCCAGCAGCGAGAGCGGGUGCGGCGAUUUUUUGUCUUCCGAGAGGCCGCGGCCGCGGCCCUGGCUCGACGGCGCAACGGUGGCGAACAGGGCAUACAGGCCGCGCGGCCGGCAUUUGCGCAGUGGACUCAGGGCUUGGCGUCGCGACGAACCAGGCUCGCCUUUGCAGACUGUCUCGGUUCUUCUCUGUGGAAGACCCCGUGCGCCUCUGUGCGCCACGUGGUCAUCUGA